UUUAAGUUUUGUUUCUUUCUUUUCAUUAGCUUUUCAGCUAUGAGAGCCCCCGAGAUUACUUACACCCGAGGUUUUCAAUUCAAUUUAAUCGAAUUUCGUGAAAUAUGAUGUUUUAUUCUUAAACUCUCUGCUGUCCUCUCCGUUCUCGUUUAAGAAGUUUUGACAGUUUUUUUUGGGGCUGACGCGCUUUCAUCCACUUCUGGAAACUUUCAUGUUAUUUUAAUUUAGUUCAAUUUUCGGAUUUUGAUUUUGUGGAUAGAAAUGGGGGACAAUUUAUUGAGCUCAGCUCACCAGUUUGAAGACUUGCCGGAGCAUUUGGUUCUUCAAAUCCUGACGUUGGGUCGAUUGAAUGCGAUCGAUUUAGUGUCUUUGGAAAUGAGUUCGAGGGCUCUCAGGCCAAGUCAUGGGAUGUUCCCUAAAAACAUGAUGUCGGUUUUAGAGUGUGCUGCUUUUCAGCUGUGUGGCUCGAACCUCAUUUAUACCUCUCUUCCGGUCAAUGCUAGGGAAGAUCUUCUGGAUCGGUGUAGUGGAAAUUGGAAACGCUUACUGGGCUUCUUGCAGUCUGUGGAGCAAUCAUCUGGCAUGGUUGAAACCCCUGCAGAUGCAAAUUAAAAGUGGAAGAUAUCAUACUUUGAUGGUUAGUGACAGGGCAGUAUACUCUUGUGGCUCUAGUUUGUGUGGUGUUCUUGGUCAUGGGCCUCAAAAAACACAGUGUGUAGAAUUUACACGCAUCAGCUUCGCUUUUCCUGUACAAGUCAUCCAGGUUUCAGCUUCCCACAAUCAUGCUGCUUUUGUGACCCAGUCUGGGGAGGUAUUCACUUGUGGAGAUAACUCGUCCUAUUGUUGCGGGCACAGAAGUCGCACUAUUUUCAGGCCCCAGCUUGUAGAGUCACUGAAGCACAUCCCCUGCAAACAGUCCAGGUUCUGCUAUAUGUGGCUCAAAAUUUGUUGAAACUGGUUCAGGUUGCGGCUGGUCUUACUUUCACCAUGUUUCUUACCAGAGACGGACGCGUCUACACAUGUGGAUCCAACGUUCAUGGUCAGCUUGGUCAUGGUGACACAAUGGAUAGGCCAACACCUACAUGUGUAGAACUGCUUGCAUUCCUUUGUACCGUCGUUCAAAUUGCUGCUGGACCAAGCUACGCCCUUUCUGUGGCUUUGGAUGGGUCACUUUACACUUUUGGAUCGGGCUCCAAUUUCUGCCUUGGCCAUGGGGAGCAGCUCAAUGAAUUUCACCCAAGGGAAAUCCAAUCAUUCAAGAGAAAGGGCAUUCAUCUUCUUCGUGUGUCUGCUGGUGAUGAACAUGUUGUAGCACUCGAUUCGAAUGGAUAUGUGUACACCUGGGGAAAAGGUUACUGUGGUGCACUUGGGCAUGGGAAUGAGACUGAUAAGACUACUCCAGAACUUGUGGACAGCCUUAAGAGUCACCUUGCCAUCCAGGUUUGUGCAAGUAAGAGAAAGACUUUUGUAGUGGUAGAUAAUGGCCGUGUCUUUGGUUUUGGAUGGAUGAGUUUUGGUAGCCUUGGUUUCCUUGACAGAGGAGCAUCUGAUAAAGUGGUGAGGCCGUGUGUCCUCGACAGCCUGCGGUCCCACCGCAUAUCUCAGAUUAGCACCGCACUGUACCACACCAUAGUAAUCACCAAUCGGGGACAACUCCUUGGUUUUGGUGAUAAUGAAAGAGCCCAACUUGGACAAGACAAACUCCGAGGAUGCCUCAAUCCAACCGAAAUUUUGGUGCCGAAGUCAUCAUGAAUGUGAAAGUUGGAUCGAUAUAGUUUACAUUGUUUUCAGGUGCAUCUCUAGUUGCUAUCAUUAGUAUAUGAACAUGUUUACUUUGUGCGGUCAGGGAAAUGAUAAUGUUAAAUUGAUUAACUUGCAAAGGUAUUAUUUUAGGAAUGUUUGGUUAAUGGGACAAUGCACUACAACAUCAUGACAGGCAGU